UGCGCUCUGCGCUCGGCUGCUCUGGUCUGCUGUGCUGGAGCUGUGAAAUCGCGCUGAUGGUCUGUCACAUUAUUCUCACUGACACCGUCUGAGCGCAGGAGCACCACGCCAAAGACCAGCUCCAAAACACUUCACAACACACAGCUCCGGAGUUUUUAACCUGUAAGUGUUUUCUGGCGUGGAAUUGGAGAGGAGGAAGCGAGAGAGGGGGACACAUACAAGCUGAAAGGAAAUGCCAAUCGCCACAACUGGUCAUUCAGUGUCUCGAGAGCCCCGCGUCUGUUCCCCGGACCCCAUCCCCAAGCGUGCUGAUUUAUGCGAGGACGUAAGGGCCCAGCCAGCAGAAUACGAGGGUUCAGAGGGGGGCCACAGCCUUGGCCGCACUAGACUCUCUGGAGCACUUGAGAGCUCCUCUGCGGCGUCUCAUUCCCCUCCCACUUCCUCUUUCCUCCACCACCAUCAUCAUCAUCAUCAUCAUCACCCCCAUCCAGUGACUAUGGAGCCCCCCAGGACUCGAUCACGCUCGCGGUCUGGAUUUUACCAUGGUGGAUUAUCUAACCCAAAUGGUAAUGCUGGGAGUGGCGGCGGUGCGCUAAGUCCAGCUGGAGGAAUAAUCCACCACCAACAUCAGCUUGGAGCUGCUCAUGGACACACCGAAAACCUGCGCCCACCCGGAAACACACUUUCCCCAGGCUCCCACAGACACACAGGGCCUGGAACGCACAGAAACUCAGGAGCAGGUGCGAUGGGAGGAGUAUACCACUAUCAUUCAGAGCAUGCCUGUGCAGACGCCACUGACAAGACGGAGGAUUCUCCUAGUCCGAAGAGACCGCGUCUUUCCCAGCAGUCUGUACUGGAGUUUACCUCUGCCCCUCCUUCCACUCCCUCGCCGCCAAUCAGACCAUGGGAGCUUCCGCCCAGUCGCAGGCCACACCCCUAUCCUCACCCACACUACCAUCCCGAGCGCUGCCACACACCUGCACGGCACAGACGCAGUCCUCCAGUGCGGCGUCAGCGUGGUCGACGAGAGCGUCUGUCACGGCAUCACCCCCCUCAUGGUUCCCCAGGUGGGGGGCAGGAUGAAAACUACCGCCACCCUCCUCACCCACAUUCGCUUCAUCCCUAUGGCCAGCCACCAUCCCACCCUCCACCCGGCCUUGAUGAGCCCCGGGCCUUUCACCCCCCCACGCUCUCGCCCCGGUUAUUGCACCCUCCACAGCAGGGCGCCAUGGUGAUGGACCUCCAUGAGCAGCUCCCUCAGGGUACGGUGCCGGUGUCAUAUACAGUUUCUCCAGUGCCGCCCCAUGGUCUACCUGCCCCCCUGUGUACAGGACAGCAUCUCCCAGCAUGCUCUUCCCAACAGCAGGUGCCUGCCUGUUCUGUGGUCUUCAGCGGACAGCAACACUAUCCAAUCUGUAGCGUCCCGCCUCCUAUGUUGCCGGCAUGUUCUGUGCAGCAUUUGCCAGUGCCGUAUGCCGCGUUUCCUUCUCUUCUCUCUAGUGAUCCACCCUUCCUGCUUCAUCCUCCACAUCUGUCUCAUCAUCCGCCACACCUGCCCACUCCUGGACAGUUCUUACCUUUCCAGACACAACAGUCUCGAUCUCCGCUGCAGAGGAUAGAGAAUGAGGUGGAGUUGUUGGGGGAUCACCUGUCUGUUGGUGGAGGGUUUAACUAUCCUCACUCGGGGCAUCCUAGUCCUCUGCCCCCUUCCACUCCACUGCAGUUCCUCUCCCAUGAGCCCCUGCCACAGGAGCUCUUUGGAAUGCCCUAUCCACACUUCAUGCCUCGACGAAUCACAGGCAGGCGCUACCGCUCUCAGCAGCCCAUACCUCCUCCUCCUUACCACCCAAGUCUGCUGCCCUACUUCCUAUCGGUUCUUCCAGUCCAGCCAACAGCAGUGGGUCCCACCAUUAGCUUAGAGCUGGAUGUCGAUGAUGGAGAGGUUGAGAAUUAUGAGGCCCUGUUAAACCUUGCCGAGCGUCUUGGAGAAGCGAAGCCUAGAGGUUUGACAAAGGCCGACAUCGAACAGCUGCCUUCCUACAGAUUUAACCCCAGCAACCAUCAGUCUGAGCAGACUUUGUGUGUAGUGUGCAUGUGUGAUUUUGAGUCUCGUCAGCUGUUGAGAGUACUGCCCUGUAAUCAUGAAUUCCAUGCCAAGUGUGUCGACAAAUGGCUUAAGGCUAACAGAACCUGUCCUAUUUGCCGAGCAGAUGCAUCUGAAGUCCAGCGGGAUUCUGAGUGAUGCUGCUCACUGAACACACACACACACACACACCACUAAACACUUCAGUCAUUCUCCUACCGUUACAUUCAAUUAACUUCCACGUGCAUAAUUACUCCUCACACACAAAAGACUGCUGCAAAAGAUUCAUGGAAACUUUAUGCAUCAGAA